GAAUCGAGGCACGCGUGCGAAAGCAAUCGCGAACGUCUGUCUAUUUGCACAGAGACCGAAAGGAUAGAAAGUAGCGAAACGCGACAUCUGUAAACAUAGAUCGACUAACCUCUUACUCGUGGUCGUUCCGCGGUUAGAUUCAAACACGAGGCCGUUAAGGAUAAACGAGUACCACGUCGGUAACAUCGUUACGCUCUUGUUUUCCGAAAGCAGACAGUACUCGAGGGUGAAGGAAGAGACGGAAUCCCAAGAGAGCCCGGGAUGACGAUCAAACCGUCGUCCAUGGUGACCGACUAUCUGGUCUUCGUCGGUUGCAUCGUUGCCUCGUUCGUGAUACCGUUAUGGGGGAAGUUUCGCGGCAGGCGGAAGGAGACGACCAAGGCCGAUUACGUGUUCGCAACGGGUACCGUAUCUAUGGGCGCCAUGAUGCUGUCAAUCGCGCGUGGCACGCUUGGCGUCAGAUCCUUUCUAGGUUAUCCGUCGGAGCUGUACUAUAGAGGGAGCGCCAUGUGGGAGGUCAUCUACGGUAUGAUGCUCGCGUAUCCCAUCGUGUGCUUCAUCUUCGUCCCGGUUUACUACAGCCUCGGGAUCACGUCCGUCUAUCAGUAUCUAGAUAUGAGGUUCAAGUCGAAGCUAGUCAGAUGCCUCGCAAGCUUCUCCUACGUGAUACGAAGCCUGCUGAACUUGGCCGUCACGAUAUUCACGCCUUGCGUAGCUCUUAAGGCUGUGAUUGGCUUGCCUUACUGGGCCAGUAUAGUCGGUAUUACAUCUAUAUCUGUCGUCUUUUCAAUUAUGGGAGGACUGAAAGCGGCCAUCCUCUCAGACGUUAUACAAGGUUUGACCAUGAUCGGUGUCUCGCUCGUGAUAAUCGUGAGAGGCUCCGCUGAUAUCGGCCCCAGUCAAAUUUUAAACGUGACAUACGAACGUGGCCGAUUGGAUUUUUUCGACAUGAAUUUCGAUCCCACACUUAGAGUGACGACUCUGUCGGCAACUCUGGGUCAAUUAUUCAUGAGCCUGUCCAUCUUCGGUUGUCAGCAAAACUUCGUGCAGAGAUAUUGUAGCAUGACUAGCGAGAGGAAAGUGAUCAAGUCUAUGUUGGCCAACAUCCCUAUAAUCUUCGUCCUGUUCUCCCUCUCCUGGGUGGUUGGAAUGGUAAUCUUCGCCAACUACGCGGACUGCGACCCCCUGUCGCUGGGAUACAUCUCAAAAUUCGACGAGAUCGUGCCGUUCUACGUGGAAGAUAAAUUCCUCAACUUUCCAGGCUUAUUGGGCCUCGUAAUGGCUACCUUGUUCAACAGCGCCCUCACCAUGGCUAUGUCUAAUCUGAACUCUCUCGCCACGGUCACGUUCGAGGACUUCUUCGGUCAAAUACCCUCGAUGAAGAACUUGAAAGAUAAGCAACAGUUGCACCUGAUCAAGCUGAUCAGCGUUAUCUACGGCAUACUGAUAAUAGGAGUGAGCUUCCUCAUCGCAAUGCUAUCGGGAGUGAUCGAGUCGUCCAUGCUGAUGACGUCGGCCACCUCCGGCCCCCUGCUCGGCGUUUUUCUACUGGCCAUGCUCGUUCCCUGCGCCAACUGGAAGGGUGCCGCGGCCGGGAUGAUCUUCAGCCACGUGACCACUUUAUGGAUCACGUUCGGCCACCUGACGGUCAGCAACAACGUGGAAACGUUACCUCUGUCAACCGAGAAAUGUCAGAACGACACGUUCUCCCCUUGGAUCACCAAGCCAGCUAGCAUACCUUAUCUCACGGCCAAUAACUCGUACGAAAAUGGACCGUUGCUUAGGAACGGAACUGACGAGGAAAUGGCGGGUAUAGACCCUAUCGAGUUCUUGUACAGCAUCACGUAUAUGUAUUACGCGUUCAUAGGAAGCAUGUCGACGGUGAUCGUCGGUGUUAUCGUGAGCUUGGUGACAGCCGACCCGAAAGGAGACAUGUACGAGGAGCAUCUCCUUCACCCUCUCGCGGUGAAGAUCUCCAGAUUCUUCCCGGGAAGGCGGAGAUUAUACGCGAGCAGCACGCGGUUGCAGAACGAGCAGAACGGGGCGAACGCGACUUCCUCGUCCUCGGUGACCUCGAUCGCGAAUGGCGCGGAAAAGACUGCCACUCUUCAGGGGGUCGUCGAUGAUGGCGGGAACCUUCAUAUCGACGUCGGUUACAUAGAGAAGCUGAACGCCCUUAAGAACGUCUCGCUCGACGUGACCAACGAGGUCAACAAAGGGACGAGGCUUUGAGGAGUCUCGAAGAUUUGUCCGAGAACCGAGGCUGAUUCCAAAAUAUUUCAUCCGAGUGUCCAACGUUAACUAACUUAUCUGGGUGAUAUUCUUUCUUUUUUAAUUUCGAGGUCCUAUGUUGGUAGUAUUACAGGCGAUGAUGCUGAAAUGUAAUCUUUUUAGUAAUAGUUUUCAUCGAUUUCGUAUAGAAGUUUUCACGUAUAUCUUUAAUUUUUGUAUUCAGAAUUGGCGAGCGAGCGAUUUUACAGGGUAGACGGUAGUACAAAGUCGUAGGCUUCGCUGAGCCACGCGUUGAGACGCAUACGUGUGAUUACUUGGCCUACCGUACACGCGUAUACUUAAUCAGAGUAAUUAUGUUAAGUAGAGAUUCCAAGAAGAAUGAGUGUCUCGGUAUCGAGAACUGAAAUCCGGUUCAUGCGAACGAGUCAGCUUUCUGUAAUUGCAGAUUAAAAACGAUGGCAUUUAUCAGUGCACGUAGAACUGCAGCUACUUUGUUGAUUCGAUUGUCUCAUCGUGUCUCAUCAUGUCUCUCCUUAUCUUAGAGAUUAUCUUGAUCGUUUCACAUUGUUUUUCGACUGACGAGUUUCACUUUGAUUCACGCGAACGUACAUUUAAGAUAGUUCCAUGUAAAAAUAUAUAUAUGUAUGUAUGUAUGUAAUACUUCGUGGAAACAGCCAGUCAUUUGCGAAUUUCGAUUCGCAAAUUUGCCACAAGAACUCUGUACGUUAUACGUACACACGCAUGUAAUACUCAUUGUCUCAAGUCAGGAACGGAAUCGUGGAUUGUUUGUGAUAUU